AUGAUCGUGGACUCUGCAGAUCCCGUUCUUUACCACCUGACGCUCCAGCGCCAGUCCAACUUUGUUCAUUCCUGCGUAGGCCACUUUGUUGACUAUAAGCAUCACCAGCUAGUCCGUGCGCGCGAUGCAGGCAAGAGACGCAAGGGCAGGAGAGACUACCAGGUGUGCGCCGCCACCGAGACACAUAUCGAACUCUAUGAUGUGGAGGAUGGCAGUCUGAAGAGACUCGUUUCGAUACCGUUUUUCGCCACAAUAACAGCCAUGCAAAGCCUGCCGAUAGAUAGUAGUUACUCUUUCGUGGUUCUGCUCACGGACGCCGGUAAUCUUUCGGUCCUUCAGUUUGUCUACAACUCGGGCUGCUUCAGGCUACACACUCUUUUGAACGAGCCCUUUGCUAGAAGCGGCAUACGAAGGCUUUCACCUCAGAAACACCUCUCGGUCGACCUCCAUGGGCGCUGCAUCUUUCUCUCCGCGACUGAGCGGAACAAGCUCUGUUUCCUCACAGAUUUCAAGGACAAUGCACUGAGCAUAUCAUCACCACUGGUUCUCAACAAGCCAAACAGCAUAACACUCAGUACUGCGGUAUGCGAUGUUGCUUUCGAUAAUCCCGUUUUCGCGUCGUUAGAGAUUGACAUGUCAGAUGGCUCCAAGUCUCUGAUCUUCUACGUGCUCGACUUAGGUCUAAACCAUGUCGUCCAGCGCAGUGAGCAUGAGCUACCUCGGGAUGCAAACUUUGUAAUUUCAGUGCCCAACUUAGAAAAAUAUGGAAUAAGUACCAAGGGCCCAGAAGGUUCCCAGGAUGGCGAUGACCUGGUCAAUCCCUUCGUACUAAUUGGGUUGCAAGACCGCCUACUGCUAAAAGACUCUCAUGGGCUCUAUAGCCUCGAAGUUCAACUGCCGACCCGCGAAAAUGAAGCCUCGCCCACCAUAAUCAUAACUGCCACUUUGCACAAGCUGAAGAAGGAAUUUUUUAUUUUGUUGCAGACAAAUACUGGGGACCUAUUCAAGGUUAAAAUAAUACCCAACGAGACUACUCGGUCCUCUCCUAAGCUUACUGUAACAUUUUUUGACACCAUUCCGUGCUCAUCAGGACUCCAUAUUUUUAGGAAUGGGCUGAUGUUAGCGCUCGGAGAAUUUGUCGCUCUUAGCCUUUACGAGUUCGAAGGUUUGGGAAAUGACGAGGAUUUCUCUUCAAUUCUUACAUCUGAUGACCCUCAACGAAAACUGAAACUGCGACCGGUCGAAGAGCUUCAGAACCUAUCACUUCUCGACCAGUUCAGAGGAUCAAAUCCUGUGUUGUCGCAAAAAGUCGUGGGGACAACCCCCCUCACCAUCCUGUCACAACAAAAAAACACUCUGGAGACGCUGACAACUGGUGUCAACUUCAGCGAACUUAUUUCGUCCCCCCUCCCCCCCAACCCUGAUAAUGUGUGGACCAUUAAAUUACCCUCCGAACUUGGGCACCGACUUGUCUUUUUAAGCCUUCCAAAAGCCACCAUGGUUUUGAAAAUUGAGGAUGGUUCACUGGAAGAGCUGGAAAACGCUAGCGAGUCAUUUAAAACCGAAAAUGAUCGAACGAUAUUUGUUGGACUGAUGGGAGAGAGUUCCAUCAUUCAGGUUUGCGAGAACUCGCUUUCGCAAAUAGCUUUAGCUAAGAAACCGCCAGUUCUGAACAGCAAGCUCGAGUGGUUGCCUCCUGCUGGUAUCAAAAUCGUUGAAGCUACAUGUUCUUCCACACAGCUAGCUCUAGGGUUGUCCAAUAACGAAAUUGUUUGGUUUGAACUCGACACUUCCAAUGGCGGCGAAGUCUUAAACGAAUACCAGGACCGCGUGGAAAUGCCGGAUAAAAUCACAGCUCUCAGCCUUCCGCAAACUUUUAAAAGCGACUUUUUAGCUGUUGGAUGCCAAGACUCCUCUGUCAAGAUUAUCGGGCUCAAGUCAACAAGCAGAGACAGCUUCCUCGAGGUUCUCUCAAUGCAGGUCGUAUUAUCUCCACCCAGCGACCUAAAGCUCGUGUACUCUAAAGGUCUUUUAUUUUUACACUUGGGGCUGGAUGCUGGUGUUUACAUCCGCUCUAAUAUUGACAAAACUGAUGGUCAACUAUUCGACAUACGAACCAAGUAUCUGGGUUCCAAGCCUGUGAAAGUUUCCGUUCUUUCAGAAAUUGAGCUCAAGGCAUCAUUAGAAGAAGCGGGAGAGGGCGAGAGCGACGAAGACGAGAGCGAGAGUGAGGAUGAAGGCACGAACCAACCAAAAGGCGUGGAAGGUUCCUCCUGUGCUGUUUUGCAUAGUGAUAAGACGUGGCUCAGUUACAACACUGCGAACUUAAUGCUAGUACGACCAUUGAUCAUAAACGGAAAACAAUCUUUAAGUUCUGUUGCAAUGUUCAGAACAAAUGACAUCAAAACUAAUGGCUGUUGUGCGGUGUCUACAAGCGGUUCGCUCUUAAUCGGACGCUUCGAUAAAUUCACAACUGAAGACAAAUGGUUUCAACAAAAGAGAAUAGAGAAAACUGACGAGGAAUCUGACAAGAGCGGUGAAGGCGUCAGUCUUUCGGGCCAUCAGCCCUUCCAGGGUCGAAGAAUUGUUGCCGAUAAAUUUGACCGCAAGACAUACUUCGUGAUUGAAAAUAACCAUAAAAACAGCAGCUGCCGCAUUUCUGUCUACCGAUCUGGGAAGUUAUUAAACUUCGGCACUGAUGAGGCUUUCAUUAGCAUAACAGAUUGCGUGUGCCUGGAUGCUCAAAGCGUCCGAUUUGGCGGUGAUGAAUCCCACUUGGUAAUGUCAACAAGCAACGGCAAGCUGAAAACCUUUGUUGUGAACAUCGAAAAGACGACUAAAGGCCGAAGAUACAAUCUCACUUUUCUGCAUGAUACAGCUGUCGAAGAAAAGGUCUAUUCAAUGAUAGCUUUCAAAGACAAGCUACUUAUCAGCUUGUUCGGGAACUUAGUGCUGUAUGGUUUAGGCCGGUCUCAGCUUUUGAAAAAAACAAUAACACCAAUGCCUCCGUCCGUUACUAAAGUAACUUCCAUCGCACAGUGGGAAGAUAGCCGCGUGGCUGUUGGCGAUAUACACGAGUCAGUAACCUUGUUUUUAUAUGACAAGCGAGCCGACAGAUUCAUCUCGAUAGCAGAUGAUAUCACAAAACGACAUGUAACUGCGUUGGAGUUUUUGGACCGCUCAACUGUUGUCGGAGGUGACCGUUUUGGAAACAUAUGGGUUCUCAGGCUUCCUAGCAUCCACGAAAGGUUGGUUAGCGACGAAUUUCCCUUUUUCUUGAGCAAGUUCCACAACAACGUCAAUAACAGCAUUGCAAAGAACAUAAUGGAAUGCCCUUUCAAAUGGGAUCUGGUAAAUCAUUUUUACGCAAACGAUAUACCUGUCUCGUUGAAUGUCGUCAAGAACAUGCAUUCAUCAGACAAAGUUUCCAUUCUUUACUUGGGAUUACAAGGCUCAGUGGGAUGUUUGCUUCCCCUCGCGACUAAAAAAGAAGCAGAAUUCCUAGAGAAGCUACAAGGUGGCCUCAGUGAAGCAGAUGAAGCCUUUUAUAUGGACUUCGAAGCUCAGAAAGCCUCGGAAGAAUCAGAACACACCGAUGACUGGAGUAUGGAUUACAACCAAGGCACUAAAUUGAAACACAAGAGCCCUCGGCCUAUAGUUGAGGGUGCUUUCAGCCUAGUCGGAAGAGAUCAUACUGUUUACAGGAGUUACUACGCACCAGUAAGGAAGGUAAUCGACGGUGAUCUAUGUGAGCAGUUUUAUCAGCUUUAUCCUAGCGAACAAGAGUUUUUAACGAAGAAACUCGGCUUCAAGGAUGUAGCUUUCGUGAAAAGUCGUCUAGCUGAGUUCCGAGCUAAUCAUGUAUAA